UUUUUUAAGCAGGUCUCUUGCCAAGGGUUGGGGAUAUUGGCAGCAGAGCCUGUGGAAGUGUCACCUUAACUAUGUCACAACCGGCUGACAGGAUGCAUUCUAAAAGGGCAGGGAUCCGAGCAGCUGUUGUCCUUAUAGGGUUGUUGCACAAAUCCAGAAAGCAAAAUAAAGAAAAAAGGAAACAGGAGCUGUUAAACAACACAGAUGUGACCAUUCCAGACCGGCCUUUAUCCCCUCCACUCACUGCCCCAGCAACUAUGAAGUCUGCAGAGUUCUUUGAAAUGCUGGAAAAAAUGCAGGCACCAAAACCUGAAGACCAGAGAACUGGAAGCCAGAAAAAUAAGGAAGAUUACAUCCCAUACCCCAGCAUUGAUGAGAUUUUAGAGAAAGGAAGCCCUUAUCCCUUGAUCAUUCUGCCCCAGUUUGGAGGGUACUGGAUUGAAGAUCCGGAAAAUCUCAGCACGCCCACCUCGUCGGAUAGCAGCAUCUCUGAAGAGGAAGAGGAAAACCUUAGCCCUAGCACGUAUGGGUAUAAAUUAGAAUGCAAAGGUGAAGCCAGGGCAUACAGAAAACACUUUCUAGGGAAGGAUCAUUUAAAUUUUUAUUGUACAGCCAGCAGCCUAGGAAAUCUGAUCCUUUCUAUUAAGUGUGAAGAGGCAGAUGGUACUGAAUAUUUACGGAUUAUACUCAGGUCCAAACUGAAAACAUUACAUGAAAGAAUCCCCCUGGCAGGACUCAGCAAGUUUCCUAGUAUCCCACAGAUUGCAAAGGCUUUCUGUGACGAUGCCUCUGGACUGAAAUUUAACCCAGUCCUGUACCCCAAGGCAUCCCAGAUGAUAGUGUCUUAUGAUGAGCACGAGGUUAAUAACACAUUUAAAUUUGGUGUGAUUUAUCAAAAGUUUAAACAGACUUUAGAGGAAGAAUUGUUUGGGAAUAAUGAAGAGAGCCCUGCUUUCACGAACUUCUUGAGUUUGCUAGGGGAAACCAUAACACUCCAGGAUUUCAAAGGUUUCCGAGGGGGCCUGGAUGUAAUGCAUGGUCAGACUGGUACCGAGUCUGUGUACACUGUAUUCAGGGACAGAGAGAUUAUGUUUCAUGUCUCCACAAAGUUGCCUUUUACUGAAGGAGAUGCACAACAGCUCCAGAGAAAGAGACACAUUGGUAACGACAUAGUGGCAAUUAUAUUUCAAGAAGAAAACACUCCAUUUGUCCCAGAUAUGAUUGCCUCAAAUUUCCUGCAUGCAUACAUUGUUGUGCAAGUGGAGAGCCCUGAAACAGACAAUGAGUCUUACAAGGUGUCGGUCACUGCCCGGGAAGAUGUCCCUUCGUUUGGUCCUUCUCUGCCAAGCCCACCAGUAUUUCAAAAAAACACAGAGUUCAGGGAGUUCCUGCUCACCAAACUCAUCAAUGCUGAAAAUGCUUGCUGCAAAUCUGACAAGUUUGCAAAGCUGGAGGACCGAACACGAGCUGCAUUGCUGGACAAUCUCCAUGAUGAGCUCCAUACACAUACACAGGCAAUGCUAGGGCUGGGGCCAGAGGAAGAUAAGCUUGAGAAUGGAGGUCAUGGAGGUUUCUUGGAAUCAUUUAAGAGAGCCAUUCGAGUCCGCAGCCAUUCAAUGGAAACCAUGGUCGGGAGUCAGAAGAAACAUCACAGUGGAGGGAUCCCAGGGAGCCUGAGUGGAGGAAUCACCCACAACAGUGGUGAAGUAACAAAGACCACCUUCUCGCCUCCUGUAGCUGCAGCAACAGCCAAGAACCAGUCAAGGAGUCCUAUUAAGCGACGGUCGGGGUUGUUCCCCCGUCUGCACACUGGAUCAGAAAGCCAAUCAGAAAGCAGGACGAGAUGUGACAGUGUCUCAGGAACACAGAAGACACCAGACGGGGGACAUUCUUCUCAAGACAUGAAAUCAGAAACCUCAUCUAACCCUAGCUCUCCUGAAAUAUGCCCCAACAAAGAAAGGCCAUUUAUUAAAUUGAAAGAGAAUGGAAGAUCAAACAUCUCACGCUCUUCAUCAAGUACCAGCAGCUUCGGCAGCACGGCAGGGGAGAGCGAAACCUUGGAAGAAUACGACAGCGUGGGCAGCCAGCCAUCCACAGCCUCGCCUUUCAAACAGGACGUGUUUUUCUACGGCUCUUCUCCCAGCAACGAGAAUUCGAGCAUGGCAGCUGCUGCUACACCGGUGAUCAUGAGCAGGAGUCCCACAGAUAUAAAGAGCAGAAACUCUCCGAGGUCCAAUCUAAAGUUUCGCUUUGAUAAGCUUAGCCACGCCAGUCCCAGCACGAGUCACUAGCAGGCAACAGACAACAUGAACUUGUAAAAGUUUAUUUCUGUUCUAACAAAGGGAAAAAUUCUUCUCUUCCAACAUCAAAUGGGAAACCGUAUUAGCUACACUAACAGCAACUGCCACGCUGCAUUGUGAGAUCUUCACCUAUUCAGCUGUACCUUUAAGUAAGUCAAGAAGAAACUGCCACCUAGCAGUAAUUUCUGUAAUUCUAACAAGAACCCAUCUUUUCAGAAUGGUAAACAAGUUACUCGACUCCCAUUUUGUCUGACAAAACCCAUUCUUGCACUGCAGCAGGAGAUGCAUUUUCUACCAUGUACUUGAAGCAACUUCACCCUCUCGCUUGGUACUCUGAAAUGUGUUAACCUCGUGUGCGCCUUGUUUGUACUGUAGCUAUUUGUCCUAAGAUGAGUGUUGUUCAUCUGGUAUAUCUUUCACUGGAAAAAGACAAUUCAAUAACACCUCCUGUUUCCCAUAGGCUUUUUCAUAUUGCAACUCUGUGUCUAUCACUUUGAGCUAGCAUAUGAUUUUCCUUGUUCAGUAAGUAGCAGAGGGACUGUGGUCGAGUGGAUGUGGCCCCAUGCAUGAACUUGAGCAGUAACUUCUGUGGGCCUCUGUUCCCUUCCUCCUUGGUAGGGUAGGAACUGACUCACAUGAUGGGUUUGUUUAGUGCCAAGCACAAUAGGACCUCCAGGCACUCCCACACUAGAAAUAAUAUUAAUGGAGGCUCUGCUAUUUUACAGUAGAGAAUUUGGCCCUCACUCUUUAGGAGGACAUAUGGGCUGGAGAAUAGCCACUUUGCUUGUAAUUUGCUUGCUGGGGAUAGAUUCCAGCCGUUAAGAAGCAGACUUCUGUUGUUUGUUUGUGUAAACUCGCUUGGCAGGACUGUGUAACCCACCUACUCAGAGGAAGUUCAUCCCCUUCGCUGUGUAAUGGAUUAGACACAUGCUGUGGGGAAGCAGCUGUGCAAAGUCAAAAUAGGGCUGGGAAGAAGGGACCCCCCCCGAAUAGAGAGAGCUGACUAAGCAAACUCCACCCUCUCAUAACCACAAAACAACUCUCCAGCUACUGUUCUACAUCACCCUGGGGUAAGGCUGAUUUCUGCAAACAGGGCUUGUACGUAGGCAGCAGCGGUGUGGUUCGUAUUUUUAUGGGUGCCAUGAUAGUAUACAAGAGCCUGCAGAAUGACCAACACCACGCUCUUGGGAGACAUCACCAAAGAUUCUGCACGUCACCCACUUAGUUAAGGAAGUUUGCCAUUAGAAAAGGGACAAAAAAAAUUGGAGAACAGUUUUUUAAGCUGUAUAAAGAUGCAACAGAUUUUCAGUAUUGUGAGAAAAGAGUCAGGCCCCCAAUUUUUCCUUCCAUUUUAUGCUUCAUGGAAAGCGAUUUCACUUCCCUCACAUAGCAUCAGUAGUACACGGCCUUGUUAAGGAACAGCACUUAGGUCACCUGCCACCUUUCAAGACUCAAUUGCCAUAGAGAAACUGCCAGGACCUGAGGGUUCCCAUAGAACCAAAUGUAGACGUUUAAUCAAACACCAGGGGUCUAAAUGUAUGGCCAUUGCCCUGUACCUUUUACUCUAGUGCAAUGUAAGUGUAAAAUGUCAGUGUGUGACUACUGCAAGGCAAGGGAGAGUCAGUCAGUCAGAGCCCAGCUGUUUAAUUAAACAUCUCCAAUAGUACUACAGGAACUCAUUACAUUAAAGAAGAGGCGCUUUCAUUUUAUCAGCAGCUGAAUUGCAGCGAGAGGGGAAGUGCCUUAUAUAAUUUAAAUACCUUUUCCCCUGCCCCAGAUGGAGUGACUUCAGCUACAACUGGGGCGUGGGGAUUCUGACUACUAAGUAGAUCUCAAAAGCACCCACUGAAUUUUGUGGGCCAGAUCUUCAGCUGGGGUCAGCAGGUGAUGCUCCAGCCUUACAGCAUGUGAGAAUUGGACCCCACAUAUCAAAUUUGAGUUUCAUGUGAACGACUUUUCAGUACCUGCCUUGUUCCUCCAAAAAUGGGGGAAAAGACCGUGUAAUUUCUAUCGCAAAGAGUUGCUUAAAGCUUCUUUUAUGGGAAAAUAAUGUACUAUCAUUUCAUAUUUUGUAUGAAAAUACUGGUGGAGCUAAAUGCACUUUGUGGUCCUUUUCCCCUCCCGUGCAUGACAGCUCGUACGUCAUUUCUGGUGGUGGGUACAAGUUACUACUUUGAUUUUGAUAUCAGGAACUCUAAAUACCUCUAUCGAUUUCCAUAAAAUGUAGCCAGCUUCCUUUUUUUGUUCUUAUGGAGGCCCCAUCCAAAGGGCGUCUUUCCACUAGAGGGCUCAGGGAUGAGGCCCAUGCUGUUAGCACGCUAAAAAGAAUGUUGUCAUUUUGCACAGUGCGAAAAACAUUUUUUUCCUUAAAUUAAUCCAGCUGAUUCACUAACACUGCCUCAUUAAAUGAGGGGCUUCACUUGCAUGUGGAAAGAAAAUGUUCAUACUUUGGUGCCAGAGGUUAGGGCAUCCACUUUUACAUUUGAGGGGCUGAAGUGUCCCAAAUGGGUCUCUGGUGUCUAAUUUGUGGUUAUAAGUGCAGAAUUAGGAACCUCUCCAAUCACAAUCAUAAUGUGACAGAGGAAAGUGUAAAAUACAUGUGGGCAUAACAAAUUGAGGAGCCGUAUUUUCAAGCAGCCCACAGCAGGGGGAGUGCUGUCCACAGGCAAAUCCAUCUCAGCUGGUACACUUCAGUGUAGUUCCUUUGACAUGAAUCAAACUGUACUGGCUCUACACCGUUGAAGGAUCUAACACCAUGCUGGCAAAGUGCUAUGGUAACUUGGACACAAGCUUGCCUGGCCUUUGGAAAGAGUCUGAAAUUUUGGUUGAGGUAAACACACAGUAUGUAGAACCAAAUGUUCAUUUUCCAUCAGCAGCACACUGCAUAUUUUGGUUUAAUAAAACAGAUACUUACAGGUGCUGCCGGUGCCUACACAUAGUUUGCCAAUUUAAAAUAAAACUAAUUGCCAUAUAAGAGCUUGUAACUAUAACAGCAGAGGAAGUAAAGGGCAAGAGACAAAUUUUAUUGAUUAUUUUCUCUGAGAACAGAGAGAGUGUUUUUCUUUAAAAGUACAGCUCUCUGCAGAAUGAAAUACUAGUAACAACUAACCAAAAUUCAGAAUGUUUUCUCCUUUAAUUUCUCUGAAUGGAAUUUAAAUUUUAAAAAUGAGUAUUUUGUUUAAAUAAGGAAAAAGCACUGUCUCUUAAGUCCUGUUUUGCAGCAGUAUGUAUAGAUAGGUACAGAUGUCUCAGGUUCAAAACAUUUUAAAAAGUCAGAGCUCAUAUGUGUGUACAUAUUUUCUCCACUCUUUCCCUUAGAUAUGGUUUGAUCAAUUUCCUUAAGCCAUAUACCAAAAUGUCACCUGGUAGGGGUUUUUUUGGUAUUUCAAGGGGCUGCUUUGAUUCUACACAAGUCAUCUUUAGCGUUGCUCUCUGUCAAGAUCUUUAAGCACAAGACAUGAUGUCUUGGGGUAUUUCAUUAGAGACUGUGACUUUCUGUAAAAGUUGUUUGAAUGCAAUUUAAAGCCAGGCAGAUGGGAAAGUCUGAAAAUAAGUGAGAGAAAUACAGUGAAGUGGACUCAUCUUCACCAUACCAAUCCCACAGAAUUUCAGAGGAGAUGGAGAAUUAAGGUCUUCAGGUUAAGUUUUCAAAAGUACCCAAACAUGUCAGGAGUUUAAGCCUGAUGAGUCUUAGAUACUUUUUACCCCCUCACCACUUGUGAUCAUUAAAGAUCCCGUGGAGCAUUUUACAAGAGUAGAGGUUUUAAUGCUGCUGUCCUGGCCCCAUUCCAGUACAAUUACUUUCUGUCUACUUACGUUCCUUUGAAGUUUUAAGUGGGAAUGGUAUUCUUCUUCACUUCUGUCCGAAACUGCUGUGCUACACCCCAGAGGCAUCUACACAGCAGUAUAUAUUGCAAAGUGUUUUGGGACGACAAGAACUACAUAAGACAUUAGAGGAAACCCUCAGUAGUUCUAGUUAAUACACUAAAUUCUAAGACCGUGCAAUUUUUCAGUUGGAGUGAAAAAUGGGACUCGGAAAGCAGAAACGAGAUAUUUUUGUCAUUCUUCACAUGGUCAACAAAAAAUAGGGAUCGCUAUGGGACAAACUCCAAGUGCAGAUAGACACCAGAACACUGUCGUCCUAUCUUACCACCUUGCACUGAUUUUACUGUAUUAACAUGGGUACUGUGGAAGUGCAAACACUGUAUAUUUAUUUAAUAAGACAUUCAGGGCCAGAUCCUCAGCUAGUGUACAUCAGCACAGCUCCACUGACUUCAAUGAAGGCCUGCUCUGCAAAUUGGGAAUCAUUUUAUUUUAUGCUUUAACUUUUCCACCACUUAUUUGAGCACGAAGGGGAAGGAAUUCUCUUCUCUAAUCUGCAGCACAUACUGCACUCUCUACCUGCCCAGAACGUCCACACAGGGCCCUGGAGACUCUAGACAGAGAAGAAGAGGGGGGAUUUUCAAAAGCUCCUAAGGGGGUUAGCAGCAUGAGUCAAAUUGAAAGUCUGUGGGGCUUCUGCUCCUAAGUUGUUGAGCCUCUGAAACCUCCCCACCCCAAAUAUGUAAUCUGCAAUCAAUCCACAUUGCAGACAGGAAAUCUCAAGUGCUGAAUGGAAUGGAGAAUUGAGUCCUGCCUCUCAAUAUUCUGCUGUUUCAAUAGCAGAAAGGGGAUUGGUUUGCAACUGUGUACACACACUUACAACAUGUACGUAAGUGCUUUCCUGCAUACGUCUCCCAGAAAGCAUGGACCGUCAGUGCUUUGGUGAACAGGGAUGUACUUAAGCACAUAUUUAACUGCUUUAAGAACUAGGGCUUUGGUUACUGUCGAGAGGAAGGGCCAAACAGCUAGACGGUGUAAAUGGACACAUUAACGCCAGCUGAGGAUCUGUGCCAAAGAUUUUUCAGCUGAUUGUGAGAGGUACUUAGCACAUACAACUGCCAUUGAAGUCAAUGGACAUUGUGGGGGCUCAGCACCUCUGCAGAUCAGACCCUUUGGGGCUUAAGUUCAAAAUUCGGUUUCAUUUUUAAAUAGUUAAGUUUCUUUUUUUCUCUCCAAAUCUUAACGCAUGCUUUCAGUUUUUUUUGGUCGUGAAUGUAGUACUGUAUAAAAUCCUGCAAAGGGUUUUCUAAACAAUAGAAUGUGAUGAGAGGUAACAGUGUGGGGGAAAAAAAUUCUUAAUGAAAUGUAUCUGACAUAAAAAUUAUUUUUUUGUAGAGAGGUGAUGCUUUGUAGAGUUUCUGGUUACCUAUGUUUGUGUAAAUAAUGUACAUUUAAUUUAUUGCUAUGGUAGCAUAUUGUAUUUGUUAUGUAUAAAAACUAAUUCUAAAGGUUCAAAAAUGUAUAUUUUGUUGCUUAAUCGUGUCUUUGCAAAAUUCACAAUAAAGAACAUAUUUUGUGCCUGUAA